CACUGCCAAUCCGCCCGUCUUUAAAUAUAUAUGUACACUCACACUUUCCUCGCCCACACUGAAGCCAUUCCCAAUCUCAUCGGCGGUCUCAAUUCUCAACAACACAAACGGAAAAGAAAAGUGAAAUGGAAAACAACAACCCGCAGCAGAGCUCCGCCGGCGGAGCGUACCCAACCCCGGCGGUCGGCGGCGGCGGCGGGUACCCGGCGUACCAGCACCUCCUCCAGCAACAGCAGCAGCAGCUUCAGAUGUUCUGGAACUACCAGCGGCAGGAGAUCGAGUCGGUGAACGACUUCAAGAACCACCAGCUGCCGCUGGCCCGUAUCAAGAAGAUUAUGAAGGCGGACGAGGACGUGCGGAUGAUUUCGGCGGAGGCCCCAAUCCUGUUCGCCAAGGCCUGCGAGCUCUUCAUCCUCGAGCUCACCAUCCGCUCUUGGCUCCACGCCGAGGAAAACAAGCGCCGCACCCUCCAGAAGAACGACAUCGCUGCCGCCAUCACCCGCACCGACAUAUUCGAUUUCCUCGUCGACAUCGUACCCAGGGACGAGAUCAAGGACGAGGCCGCCGCCCUCGGCGGAAUUGUCGGCUCCCCGCCGGCGGCGGCUGCGGCCGCGGGGUUCCCGUACUACUACCCGCCCAUGAGUCAGCCUAUGAUGGGGAGGCCGGCCGUGCCAGGGAUGGAUCCGGACGUCUACGCGGCGCCGCCGCCGUCGCAGGCCUGGCAGUCGGUGUGGCAGACGCCGCCGGACGAUGGGUCUUAUGCCAGUGGCGGCGGUGCCGGCUCCGGCGCUGGAGGGCAGGGCAGCCUCGACGGGCAAGGAGCCGUAGAGGCAGCAGUAUCCAAGUACGCCGGCCCACACCCCAAAUGGGGUGGGCCCAAGUAUCGUGAGAUAGUCGUUUAA